GUGAGGGAGCACUACUCUUUCAUAAGCCUCCUCUUAGCCUCCAUCAGUUCACUGUCUGUCUGGGACACUUAAAGCUUGGUUCGAUUAGCACUGGGACUUUCUCUAGUCAUGACCGGGGUAUCCUCGCCCGUCUUGUUGUUGCUACUUUUGACACUGCAGAUUGUUGCUGUGGUGAACGCCAACUCUGAAGACAAUUUGGUAAGAAGAAAAAGAUUAUGGAUUCCCCCACCAAAGCAAUUGUCUGAAAAUGAAGACUACACUCAAGACGAAGCUAUUGCCAAGAUUCAUUCGGAUUUUGAUGAUGGCACAGGUAAUAUUGAAUACUUCCUAGAAGGUGUUGGCGCAAACCAACAUCCCUUCAAUGUGUUCAUAGUCGACCGAAGAACUGGAUUCAUUCGUGUAACCAAAGUGCUGGACAGGGAGUACAUUGACUCUUACAAUCUGUCAGGUAUUGCUAGGUUUAGGAAUGGCAAUCUUGCAGAGGAAAACGUUGACAUACGAUUCAAAGUAAAGGACCAGAAUGACAAUCCACCAGUGUUUCAACCCAUGAAGGCCGGAGAGGUAACUGAGCUUAGUCCUCCAGGCACUUCAGUUAUGAAAAUAAUGGCAACUGAUGCUGAUGAACAAGGGAAUAUUAACUCUCAGAUCGCCUAUACUAUCAUUGAUCAGAACCCACCUGGUGGGAUGUUUGACAUUUCUCCAGAUGGGACCAUCUUGGUCAAAAGCCCAGCCCUGGACAGAGAGAAAGCCGAUAAGUACACUCUGACGAUCAAAGGUCAAGACUUAAAUGGUGGACCAGGCGGAAAAAGUGCAACCAGUACUGUUGUCAUUAACGUCCUAGAUGUGAAUGACAACCUUCCCACUUUGGAAAAAUCUAUGUAUGAAGCCAGCAUUGACGAGAACAACGCCGGAGUGGAGGUGAUGAGGAUCAAAGCAGAGGACUUAGACAUGACCGCCACAGAUAACUGGGAAGCCGUGUUUGACAUCGUCAAGGGCAAUGAAGCCGGAUACUUCAGCAUCAAAACAGACCCCUUAACCAACGAGGGAAUCCUAAUGCUCGACAAGGCUGUGAAUUAUGAGGAUGUGAAAAACCUUGAACUCGGACUGGCUGUAAGGAACAAGGCAGAUCCUUAUGCUGGAUCUGGUGGGGGAGGAGGUGGAGCAAGCUGGUCAUCCGGUGGGGGAAGUGGUGCCACUGGUGCAAGUAGUGGUGGCGGCGGCGGUGGUGGCGGCGGUGGCGGCGGUAGCGGCGGCGGUAGCGGCGGCGGCGGUAGCGGUGGUGGAUCAGGAACCACUUAUAACACCUAUCCAAUCAGAAUCAAUGUGAAGAACCAGCCGGAGGGGCCAAGUUUUGACCCCAAAGUAAAAGCUAUUCCCAUCUCAGAGGGAGGCAGCUCCUUCAACAUUAAUGAUGUCAUUGCCCGCUACACCGCUAUAGAUGGAGACACUGGGAAACCAGCUGAGAAUGUCAGGUCAGUGCAUAAACACACACAUACACAUGAAAGAAUCUGCAAGUACAACAUCAGCUUGAUUUUUGUACAAUCAAUGAUAAUACUGUACCUGACACUGUUUUUCUGGUGUAGGUAUGUCAAAGGAAAUGAUCCUGGCAACUGGCUCACAAUCGACCCAGAGACAGCUGAGAUCAAACUGAACAAGAUGCCAGAUAGAGAGUCUCCAUACCUGAUCAACGGGACGUAUUAUGCCAAAGUACUCUGCAUUACAGAAGACAUGCCUUCUCAAACAGCCACCGGCAUGGUUGCCAUCCAAGUGGAGGAUUUCAACGACCAAUGCCCCACCCUAACCAGUGACUUCCAGACUGUAUGUACCCCUCAGGAUGCCGUUAUUGUGAACGCUAAAGAUGAAGAUUUGUUCCCCAACGGACCUCCUUUUGACUUUGAAAUCAUCCCAGAGGGCACCCAGGGCAAAUGGCAGGUGGAGCACUACAAUGAGACUGCAGCCAUUCUGAGGUUCAAGGAGACCCUGUGGCCCGGUUUAUACGAGGUGACUUUUGUGGUGAGGGACCAACAAGGGGAGGCCUGUCCAGAACCACAGAAAGUGACGGUCGAAGUGUGCACCUGUGAGGAUGGGGUGAUGUGUGGAAAACGGGGCGAAAAUGGUCAGAGCAACAGAAAUAUAGAGUUAGGCCCCGCAGGCAUCGGACUGCUGUUCCUGGGUCUGCUGCUGCUACUAUUCUUACUUCUGUUGCUGUUCUUCUGCAAUUGUGACGAUACUGCAGGCUUUACUCAGAUGCCUUUUGACACCAAAUCUCACCUCAUUAACUAUCGCACUGAGGGCCAAGGCGAAAACACGGAGGUGCCACUAAUGAAUUUGCCCGUACAAAAGGAUGCAAAUAUGGUCAUGGCUGGAAACACUUUUGCAUCCGCGCCCAUGGCAGGUAUGGGUUUCCAAAAAUCUGUCUCUUCAAUGGAUGGGAUGAAUGGAGCUCUUUAUGGAGAAGGUUUCUCAAGAGCCCAGAGAGAAGAAACAUGGGGGAAUCAGCCCAGCAGCAGAGGCUACUACUCUGAGUUUGAGAGCAGAGAAUCAGGAGCAGGAGGAUUGUAUGAUGGCAUGGCUCUGCCAGACCACUUCCUGGGACAGUACUACAGUCAGAAAGUGAGAAGUGAAAACCCUGAAGGGAAGGACAGCCUUUUAGUGUAUGAAUACGAGGGUCAGGGCUCCCUAGCUGGGUCAGUGGGCUCAUGUGGCCUCCCGGAGUCCGAGAACGACCUGCACUUCCUUGAUGACCUCGACAUGAAGUUCAAGACCCUGGCUGAGGUGUGUGGAGGCAAGAAGAUCCAAACUGAUAUCAAACCAGCCUUCAUUCCUCAGCCCAGUGCCUCCAUCCACACUCACACCUCAGCUUCAAGUGUGAUGACCCAACAGUCGCCUCCUCCCUCCCAGCUGCAGCCGCCUGCCCCUAAGACUGUGGUCAGGGAAACAUCUGAACGUUCUCAGGUGGUGAAAGAGAGCACGGCCAGAGCAAUGGAAGGGAUGACCACAGUGAACACAGGGAGGACCAGAAUAAAUGAAGGGGUGGUGAAUCAAGGCCAGAUGAUUUUGCUGCAGCCUCAGCCGCAGCCGCAGCCCAUCUACUACACCACCGCCACCCCUGUGCAGAUGCAGUACAUGGUCCAGCCACAGGUUCAGAACACCGUGAUGCUGACUGAGGCACCAGCCUCUAACCUGCAGGGCAUGGUACUGCUCAACGGCACCCAGACAGGACAUGCCCAAGGCAUGGUGGUUCAGGGACAGACAAUGAUGACCAGCGGGCAAGCCGGGGGCCAAGGCAUGGUGGUUCAAGGACAGACAAUGAUGACCAGCGGGCAAGCCGGGGGCCAACGCAUGGUGCUGGUGGAGGGGAACGGGAUCCAUGGAAGUGGUGGCAACCUCAUCCACACAGGCAACCUUUCUGGCUCCCAGACCAUGAUGCUGGUAGAGGGAAAAGUCCCUACAGGGACAAUGAAAGGGCUUAAUGGCAGUCAGACCCUCCUCAUGCAGGGGGGCACUCUGCAGUCAGGGGGGCUUUCAGGAUCUCAGAGGGUCCUGGUGGUCGGAGGGCAAAGCAAUGGAGUGCAUCUGGUCCAGGAGGCAGGAGGUGUGUCUCAAAAGAAUGGAAUCUCUGGCACUAAGAAAGUCCAUUCUAGCAAGGGCAAAACAUCCGCUGGCUCCCAGAGCACCCUGGUGACUUCCUCUAGCACCACAGGGAGCAAAAUUCCCACCUAUUGCAAGGUGCAGGAGAAAUUCACUGAGUUAUAAUAUGGGAAUGGAAACUGUAUAAUAAAGUUCAAACAUCAACUUAUUCUGCACUGAUAGGAUUUAGGGAUAGGGUUGGAAGGUAUAGGGUUAACGCCAGAAAGUACAGGGUUAGCCCCAGAAGCAAUUUGGCAUGCAGCAUGGACACAAGUAAAUGUAGCUAUUAGGAUAUAGACGAUUUUUUUCAAUACUUUGAGCUCAAUAGCCACCACAUUGAGCCUGCACAUUCCACGUAAGUAAAACAGAUGUAGUUUCAAUGGAUAUUGCAGUCAAAAUGUAAGGUAUUAGACAUUGCUGUUUUUGACGUGCCCUAUUUAAAUCCAAAGCUGAUUUCUAGAUAAAUCAUGUGUGUAUUACAAAAUCAUGUUUGGAAGAAACAAAACAUAAAUUGUUUGUUCUGUUUAUUUGUUUCCACUAACUUGCACUUUGGUUUUCUGUAAUGGGACCUGAUCUAAACAUGUUUCAUCUACUUUUACAAAUGUUUUUAUAUUAGCAUGAUUUCGAUUGUUGCUCUAUGGCUAAUGGUAAAUGCUGGGUACAAGGGUUUUAAAGGUUCACUGUCGUGAUGUUAUGUGUCAUUUCAUUUAAUUCUAAAAUCUUGCAUAUUUUGCUAUGUUUAUGAUUGAGACGCUAUACAAUUUGAUCAGAUGACAUGAAAUAGACAAAACACUUUUUAUUUUCUUUACAUGUUUAUAUUUUUUAAUGGUAAAAACUAUGGUUCAUGCAGUUGAAUAAAAACAGUGUUGAAAUACUUUUUUUCUAUGGAAAUGUCUGUCCCCGAUGGGAAACAUUUAUCUCACACUAACUUCAAUAAACUUUUUCCUACGUUUCA